UGUGAGUUGAGAAUCCAGGAUGUUGAUUCAACAGAAAAGAGAACUUAUUGAAUGGCUGCUGGCCUCGUAGAAGAUUGAGCAUGGACCAGAUGCAUGAUGGGUAACAAACUCUGUGCCCCAUUACUGAGUAAAAAACCUUACAGAGAAGACCAGUAUCCAUGGCAACACAGCAAGGAUUCCCACCUCCUCAGAUUGUGGGCGGAGAUAUUCCGUGUCCAUGGUGAUGGGGACUAUAUGAGAUGGGAGAGAGUUUCAUUGGACGUCGUACCUGUCAAUAUCUCCUGUAUUGAGGACACGCCCACCACCGUGUUCCAGAUCACAGCAUACAACAAACACGUGGAAAAGAUCUUUGAUGUCAAAAUUAUACAACCAGGAACUAUAAUUUGUCCUGCCACUGAGAGUUUUGUUCAUUGGAGAGACCCCAUAGACCGCUGUGAGUGGGGACUAAACUUCACAACCCCCGCUGACGCCCAGAGAUUUAGAGACUGCUGCACUAACCCAUCUCAGAAAUUCUCCAGGAAGGCCAACUCGGCGAGCUCACUGAGACUGAGUCCCCCAAAGAAGGUAAAAGGUAAAGAUAGAUCUGUUUCCUCCCCUAAUUCUCCUACACGCUACUUCCACCACCACCCCUCUAGUCAGCCAGAUCUUAGAUCCACCACCACUCACCACCACCAUCACCACCACCCCACUCUACAGCGAAAUUCUGGAUCCCCCACACAUAACCCCGCCUACAGAGCAGCCUCUGCUCCACAGGAGCUGUCAGGUGACCAGUCACAUGACCCUGUGAUUGACAGACGAGAGAAGGCCGCCACAAUACCACGUGGGCUAACGGAACCAGUGGCAGAACUUCAGACGUUUAAACCGAUCGGAAUUCUCAAACCUCCCUCAACGUCUUCUGUUUAUGAUAAUGUGACAGGUACUGUGGUGUUGCGGAAAACAAAUAAUACCCAUGAUACAUCACACAGGAAGUCUAUGCCUGCCGCUGUGUCGUUUGUAGACCACAAUAUAUUAAGUGAAGCGCGACCAGCUUCAGCCAUCCAUUUCACACAUAAGUUUUAUCAGAGCCAGGAACAAGAAAACUCUUUUCCACAGGUGUCCCUCAGGCAGGGUGGCAAUAAAAGGGAGAACCACAGGAAAUCAAACCGACCUGUCCAUAUCGAAACUGCUUUUGUUGGUGAUAACUCUUUUGUGACCUUUAGUAAGGACCAAGGUCAUAGGAUUUCUUACAUCGAUACAUCCACUACCGUUGUCGCUCCGACACCGACUCGCCCUGAUCAAGGUCAACCCGGUGUUAAAGAGUUCCCUAGGGAGGAAAUCUCACAGAGCGACACAACUGCAGUAAGGUCAGAUGUCUAUCCAUCACCUUUGACCUCAGAGGCAAAAGGUCAUCAAUCGCCAGCUGAAAACAGACUGCCAAAUUCUGAGAAUUUUUCUCUUGAAAACUUGGAUCGGACUGAAAAUAACGUGACACCAGGAUCAGUUUAUAAAGUAUCAGUCAGCGCGACGGGUGUGAAUGGAGUAUUGACUGUGUCAAGGUCAAGCUUAUCAGGAUCUUCUUCAGAAUCCCCAGAAUGGCCUUCACCUCCGGAACCUUUGACCCCAAUGACCCCACUUACCCCAGAGUGUCAGGUGGAGUUUGACAGUAAUGUUUUAAAACGUAUGUUACAAUCGCUACCCGUGUCCCCAGAAGAUCCAAACAUGGAUAACGGUUACCGUGAUGAUCCACCAGUCUCCCCAAACUCAAAAUCCACUAAAUCCGGACUUGGUCGUACAAAGAGUCUUAAUACUCACGAUCGGGUAAAAAAGCAACAAAAUGGAAACCAAGUGGCCAAAAAAGUGGACCAGGGUCGUCCUAGUCGUUUCUUUAACAACAACAACAAUUCGAAGUCCCGCCAGACGCGACUAUUGAUUGAGGAGGAACUGAAACUAAGGGACCGCUGCGUGAGGGACAGUUACGGCGCGGAGAGUUACCCCGACAGUGGGAUCGGAGGGAUGUCGGUGGAGAACGCCGGAAGUGUCUGGUCAGGAAACAGGUUAGAGGUCAACCCUUCCACCACAGGAGCAGGUUCUUCUGGAGCCAGUAGUCGUGGAAGCAGCAGCAGUGGUCGUCAUAGCGACCUGAUCAAUCAGCUUAGUGACACCUCGGAGAUCAGACAGUGUAACCCCACAGAGCUGUGGGAGGAUGACGGGGCAGAGAGUGAUGACUCGAUCCACACGAUGACAGAGGCUGAGUCCCGAGUCUGUCACCGGCAGAGCGGGGCCAUCAGAAAGGCAGGGUGGCUGGUUGUGAAGAACUGGUUGAUACACAGGAAGAGGAAGUUAGAAUUGGCCCCGCGGAGGAAAUGGAAGAGAUAUUGGGUUUGUCUGAAGGGGACGGUGCUGUUGUUCUACGACUGCAGUGAGGAGACGGCCAUAACUGAAGACAGCAUACCACGACACAUACUGGUGAUAGAGAGCGCUAUAGCACAAGCAGUACCUGAACAUCCAAAACGAGACAACAUUUUCUCAGUCAGUACUGCGUUUGGAGAUGCCUAUUUGUUUGAGGCGACAUCUCUGAUGGAACAGGAGAGCUGGAUUUGUGCUGUUCAUUCGGCCUGCGCCUCGUCAUUCGCUCGGCAACAUGGGAAGGAUAACACAUUACGACUGAUGAAAAAGGAGCUCCACAAACUGGAAACGAACAUCGAUGUCGACCUAAAGAUGAGGAAAAUGGCAGAACUUCAGUUGACUGUGGUCAAGGAUCCAAGAAGUCGCCAGGCCAUUAUCAGACAGAUCGGCCAAUGGGAGGAAAAUCUGGAAAAACUAUUUAUAGAACAGUACCGUUUCCGCUGUUACAUAGCCUCACUCCAGGGGACAGAACUCCCCAAUCCCAAGGUCCUGCUAGGCAGUGCCUCCAAGACAACCAAGUCUAGUCUUGGUCGCCUGGGUGUUUUUACUGUGACGUCCUUUCAUGCUCUGGUUGCGGCCAGGAAACCCCUGACUGUCCCCAACAUCUACGGAAGGGGAAAACACCAGGGGGGAAUGUUGUCCCCAAAGGGCGACGGAACGUUCAGAUAUCACCGACGUACAAUACACAACCAUAGCCCUGAUACACAUAUGGUGUAUAAGGCAACAGAUAUUGAUGAAGUAGUGGCUGAUCUUUAUAUGGACAGUCCUGAAAAUCUCUCAACCGUGUCUGACGGGGGAUCGCUGGCCGAGACUGUGGCACUCCCAAAUAACCAGACUUUGUUGAUUAAGGUGAACAAACAGAGCACGGCCCAGGAUCUUCUGGAAUCGGUCUGUAACCAACGGCAACUGGAUCCACAGGAUCACUACGUACGCAUUACGCAAUCUGACACGCCCCCCAAUACAUACAUAGUGCUGGACCCCAAGGACAACAUUAAAAAUAUGAAGUAUGAGUCUAUAGAGGUCUGUCAGAAAUCUGUUGUACAGCUUCACCUUGUCAAGUCCCCGGGGGACACAGAAUUCGGCUUCACCGUAGAGGCGGAGCUAGCGGAGGAUUUUGAUAAAGACGAUGAACUUCGACUGUAUGUCAGUCAAGUCACACCAGGGAGCGUGGCACACAGAAGUCAGAUGAGUAUAGGAGAUGAGAUACUCGUUAUCAAUGGUAAAAUUGUCUCGGACCUAGACAUGGUGUACAUCGAGACGCUCCUCCACGAGUCUAAGUCCCUAGUCAUUACUGUCCGAUCCCUGAAGACCAAUCACAGCCAGGCAGCUGUAACAGGCAGCCAAUCAGAAAUCAGCAGUAUGAUGUGUCCUCCGCCCCCGUCACAGUCACGUAUCCCCGAAAACAUCAUCGAAAAUCUCACCGUGCCAUCACCUCAAGAAAGCUGUUCUCCUGAUGAGGUAGAUUGUCUCAGAAAACCUGGUUCCCUGCCAGACUUGGCUGGUUCUCAGAUUGAUCAACUUAUUAAGAAUGCGGAGCAGGUGACGUCGAUUUGUCGGACGGAGAGUGAACCUAAUGUUCUAGAUGGUCACAUCCACCAGAACUCCAAGUCACUGUCGGAGGCUCAAAAACUACGAAAAGUUAUCAUGGAACUUAUAGAGACAGAAAGGGCAUAUGUCAAGGACCUGAAUUGCCUGACAGAGCAGUACUUGAUCCCGCUCCAGUCAGCGACCUUUUUGACCUCUGGAGAAAUCCAGCAGCUUUUUGGGAACAUCCAGGAGAUCGUAGCGUUUCAGCGACAGUUUCUGAUUAGCCUGGAGGAGGCUAUUCAGCUUCAGGGGGAAUUCUUCCAAACGGAGGAUCCCAAGGUUUUCAGGGACCUGGAACUGAGGAGAGUACUGUUUUCCCUGGGAGGUUCAUUUUUAUAUUAUGCCAACCACUUCAAGGUGUACAGUUCAUUCUGUGCCAGCCAUAGUCGGACUCAGAAAAUCCUUAAUCCAGUGGCUAAUGAUGCACUGAAGGCGUUUCUUCACGCCCGGAAUCCUGAACAGCAGCACUCGGCCACCCUAGAGUCGUACCUCAUCAAACCGAUCCAGAGAAUCCUUAAAUAUCCCCUACUGCUACAACAGCUGUGUAACCUCACGGACCCGGACACCGACGAACAUCACCACCUAUCAGAGGCCAACAAAGGAAUGGAGGCGGUGGCAGAACACAUCAACGAGAUGCAGAAGAUCUUUGAGGAGUACGGGACAGUGUUUGAUGAACUCUGUAAAGUUUUCCGAGACACUUACCCACACAAAAAGGCUGUAGAUUUGAGUGUGGGGGAAUUACAGAUGUACGGGACAGUAGAAUGGUGUAACCUCUGUGACAGUUUGGGUAAAAUCAAGAAAGGCCUUGAUCUGGAAAACAUUGUGUUUGUGUUCAAAUCUGGUGUUGUGUUUGUCUGCCGGGAGAAAAUCAAAAAGAAAGUCAAAACAAAGGAUAAGAGAGGUGUGACAGAAAUAUACGAGUGCCAGGAGAGGUUCAGAACAGUAAUUCCUGUACAGGAAGUUCAGGUGCAGUCUGGGAAGGUUGGGGACAUGGACGGUCAUUACUGGUGGGACUUGAUUCACAGUCGCUCCGACAAGGAAGGUCGACCAGAGAGGGUGUACGAAUUCUGUAACAGUUCUGCAGAAGCCAAGUCUGAUUUUAUGAAGGUAAUCCGCCAAACAAUACGUGAGAGUGUUCGAAAGAUGGCACUCCCUAACGGAAACCAGACCCGGAAUUCUUAUGUUCCGUACGGAGGGAAACGAUUAGAGUCCCUCAACUCCAACAUUCGGACUCUCAGCAAAAAAAGGGGAGGUAAACCCAGCCAGAGCAGCGAACCUGACCGCCACUCUCUGGAAUUCGAGGAAAAAGUGACAGUUUAUCUCGACCAAUCAGAACCAACAUUUAGAACUAGGAGUAAAACUCUUGGAGAUCUGACGGAUGAAAACAAUCUGGAAGAGGCGGGGCCUUCUCUUGUGUAAGUCUCCUGUCAAAGAAGGUAAAUUUAGUACUCUAUAGUAGAAAACCCUGAUUGUUUAUUUUGCUUCAGACUGAUUAGUCCCCCCUAACACAGCUUGUUACGUAUUUUUGUUUUAGACUUAGAAUUUACAGGAAGGCUUGAUCUGUUAUUAUCAUAUAUCCUCUACUCAGAUAAGAGAGAGAGAGUUAUGUUACUUAAUAUUUAUGAUGUACAAGAUUGAACUGCUGUUUUUCUGUGUGGAUUUUUAAUAUGGUGAGGGAGCAUGAAGAGGCAUGUCUACCAUUGAAUGAAUUUAACUUCCAUAUCAUUUAGAUCAUUUUUAUCUGCAUGUCUUCUGUUGACUUCACCAUUUAGAAAUUUAUCUACACAAUUUUUUUUUGGAAGCUUUACGCUUUUGAUUGAAAAAUGAAAAUGGGGAAAGAUUUUAAUUUUUGAAUGCUACCAUAUAUUUCUCGAGAAUUGUUAUUGCACCAAAAAUUUUGUGUUUUCUGAAUGUGAAAUUUACCCAACUUUUUCUGAAGUUUGUCUCUUAGUAUGUGUAUAUGUAAAAGGUGGAGAUAAUGAACAGUGAACAUUCUCAAAAAUCUUUAAAAUAAUAUGCAUAUUUUUGAGUAGGGCAUAAAAUUGAAACACAGACCCCUAGAAAUUUUAGGGUUGGGAUCAGGUGCCUAGGAGGAGUAAGCAUCCCUUGUUUAUCGGUAAUAUUCAAAUUUAGUAUAAAAACAAAAAUAAGUAACCUAUAGCAUAAAAACAAAACUAAGUACUUCCUAUCUCAGACAAAAUUGGCCGUAAGAUGCUGUUGUUGAUGUGAGGGUUACUAGAGACCUGCCAGUGGAAACUAAGUUUGUUUAAUGUCCUUUAGAUAGAAGGGGGUGUAUUAUUUGCAGUCAGUCUGUUAGUGGACAACUUCAUAACUUUAUCUUAGUAAAACAUUCUUCAGAUAGAUGCCAUAUUAAUUGAGUCAACUAGGGUGUGUGAACAUCAAAGUCAAUACCGGUAUUUUAGGUCAAGACAAACUUGCAAAUUAUUCACUGCUCAAGAGAUAGUGCUACUUAAACAUAUCAUAUGCUUUACAGUUAAUUUCCAAAGCAACUAGAGAUGCAGUUUUAAAAUUCUAUGGGGUGAAGAGUUGUGGCCAGUUUUAAUCAGUCUGGAUGUGUUGUAGAAUCCUGCAAAAGAAAUUACUAUUGUUUAUAAGAACAGUUGUAUCUCAUCUGUGAAUUAUAUUUUCGCUUCAGAAUCUUUGCUCUUGAAUUUUUACAUGAUUCAUAUUUCAUGAUGGAAAAAUUUUGGUAAAAUUCAUUUUUUUUUUAAAAUUUCCUACGGAUUCAUGUCCAGACAUUUCUAAGAUUGUAACACCAGUUUGUGUUUGUGACCAGGGAAUGUGCAAUAGCAUGAUCUAAUUGUGAACUAAUGUAAUAUUGUAGUUUAAUAUUCCUAUGUGUAUACACUAUUGUAUGUGUACAUAUAGACAAUUGUGAACUUAUAUACCAUCUUAAUAUGUAGAAUCCACCAGUGGAAGUUCAUAAAAAUUCAAGCAUGUUUCUAAUAGUCUGAGUACACAAUACCAGGUAUAUCAGACAAAACACUUAUUCUAAGAAUAUAGUUCCCCAAUUACAAUCAUGAAAUACUUUUGUAUGAAUUGAUUUUCUUUGUUCUAAAUUUUUACUUUAGUAAUUUUUAUUGUGGAAAACUACUGAUAAAUUUUUGUAUAAUUUUGAGCUAGUAUUUUGGAGAAUUCUAUUUUAUAUUUUAUAUGUGAUUUGUCACUUUUUGUUGAGAAAACUGUAAUUUAACCUGCAGAUUGGGUCAUUAUUCAAAACACGAUGAAAAUGUGGAAUCUCAACUUGGGGAGGCAGAUUUCUUACACAGAAGUUAGGAACAAGAAGCUAGAAUGCCGAGGACUAUUUAUGUCGACAUUAACUUAUAUAAAUAAAUACAAGUCUGAUCACAUCCCAAACAACGUUUAUUACUGAUCACAUGACCUAUAUAUUUAUCACUUGAUGUAAUCUUGUUCACUUAUGUUCUUUGAUAAUCAUGUUACUAUUUAUAGAUAUCACAUGAUUGUGAUUGUUGCUGUUACUAUUUUUAGAAUUAUGUAUCUGAUAAUUUAUUGUCAAUCACAUUGUUAUAAUUAGUGUCACUAAGGAAUAAAACAACAAAAACAACACAAGUCUUACA